AUGUCAUCAUCUCGAAGUACAAGUACAAAUGGAUUAAAUUUAAAUAACAUUCCAACUUUCCAAUUAGAUUCAGGUACACAUACACCAUCAACAAAUUCUAAACUCCAUUCAAAUUAUUCAACAAGAUUAAAUUCUCCUACAAGACAUCAAUUAUUACAAGAACAAAUGUUAUCAGAUAAACCUGCUUAUAAACAAAUUAAAAUAAAUUUAAAUAAAAUACCAUCGAAAAGUCCCAAUGUUUUAAAAUCUGUUUCAUUUGAUACAAUUUCAAAAGAUUAUUUAAAUAUAAGUGAUGAUGAUUAUGAUGAUGAUGAUGAUAAUAGUUUUGAUGAUAUUGAUUAUGAUGAUUAUGAAAAACAAGAUGAUGAUGAUUAUUUUUCAAGAAAUAAUAAAAGAUCAACAUCUAUUAAUGAACGUAUUUCAAGACAUGAUCCAAAUUUAUCAAACUAUCUAAGUCCCGGCGCUACUACAACUAGUGGUGGUGGUGGUGGAUCUUCAAGAGGUAAUUCAAGAACUAGAGGUAGAUCCCCUUCACCAUUUAGAGAUUCUUCACCUUCAUCAUUUACAGGGUUUAAAUCAUUAAAUAGUAUUGAAGGUGGAGGUAAUAAAAUAAAUUAUAAUUCAAAUGGUUGGAGAACUGAUUAUCCAUCAAGACCAAGUAUUGAUUUAGAUUCAUUUACAUUAACUUAUCAAUCCUCUAAAUUUAAUGAAUUUAUUAAAAAAAAUGAAAAUUAUAGAUCAAUUAUUGUUUAUAUUACAGGUAGAAGACAUUCUUGGGUUGCAUUAGAUUUUGCAAUUGAUAAAUGUUUAAAAAAUGGUGAUCAUCUUGUUGUUGUUUCAAGAAUUCCUUAUAGUAAUGAUUUUAGAAAUUAUAAAACAAAAGAUCAAAUAAAUUUCCGUAAAACUGCAGAAAAUUUAAAAAAAUAUUUAAAUUUUUUAAUUAAUGAUGAUAAAAUUAUCAAGAUAACAAUUGAUUUAUUUCAAUUUAAUAGUACUUAUACUAUAUUAAAUGAAAUUAUAAAAAUUUAUGAACCAUCAACUUUAGUAACAUCAACAAAACCAAAUUUAAAAUUUAAAAGAAAUCAAACUUGGAAAACUGCAAGGAUUACAGAUAGAUUAAUUAAAAAUUUUAGUUUACCAAUAGUUGUUGUUCCAGCUUUUACAAUGAAUGAUUAUGAAAUUGAAUUUUUCAAUAGGAAAAUUAAUGAACAAUGUAUUGAUGAAAAUUUAAAUCAAUUACAAAAUAAACUGGAAAAUGUUAAUAUGAAUGAUGAUUCAAUUAAUUCAAUUGUUUCAAAUGAUGAUGAUGGUGAUGAUGAUUCUGAUAAUAUUUCAAUUGAUUCAAAUGAUAGUGAAAUUAGUGAAAAUAGUGGAGAUAGUGAUUUAGAAUCAAAUAGUUCAUCAUUUAAAGAUCUUACAAGAACUAUAAGUAAUUAUCAAGAUGUAUUAGAAAAUUUUAUUAAUGAAAAUGAAUCAAAAGAAAUUAAACAAGAUUUUUUUUUGAAAAAACUGAAUAAAAUUACAGAUAUUAAUCAUAAAAUUUCAUUAAAAUUUAUGGAAACUUCAAAUAAUGGAGGUGAAGGUGCUGCAUUAGUUAGAAGUUUAACAGGAUUACCAGAAUUAGAAAAAACAAAAUCAAUGUUGGAUGUGCUAUCAGAUGAACAAAUUAAAAUUGAUAAUUUAAAAAAAUCUCUGAAUAAUAAUUUAAGUCAUAGUACAAGUCCAAGUGGUACACCAGGUAAUUUAACUCCUAAUGGUGGUAAUAGUACACCUGGUACAUCAACACCAAGUAAAACAAUUAAAUUUUCUAAUGAUAUAUCAAAUCCAAAAGAUUUAAAAUUAAAAUCAUUAGAACAUUUAAAUUCAUUAAGAAAAUAUAAUACACAUACAGAUCAAAAUCCACAUCAACAACAACAAAGAAAUUUAUUAUCACCAUCAAGAUCUCAACCACAAAUUUUAACAAAAUCAUUAUCAGAAUCAAAAGUUUCAACACUGAAUAAUAAUAAUAAUAAUAUUAAAGAUGAUAAAGAUGAUAAAAAGAAGAAAAGUGGAUUUUUAUCUAAAAUGUUUGGUAGAUCAAAAGAUAAAAAAUCAAAAUCACGUCGUCCAAGUACAUGA